AAAAUAAAAAGUUUAAUCGAUAACUUUUAAAAAUUAUAAAGUUGAAAAUAGUAUAAAAUUCUCAUAAAAUAUACUAGCGUGGCACCCACGCGCUGACACGUAAUAAAAUAAAAGAGCGUAAUAUAAAAGCACAAAGGAAGCCGUAAUAACGGCAGAUGGGCCUGUAAUGGAAGCCGGCACACAAUGAAAGCUCUAGUCUCGCCGCUUGUCUAAAAAUUGCCGCGUGCCACGUAGCUUCGUAAUAUACUCAAUUUAGCAUCUUCAUAAAAUAUUAUUAUUAUAAUACUCACGUAACUCACUAAUCUCUCUUUCUCUCUCAUAAUGCUUGGGCGGCGCCCUCUCUGCCCAGUCAAACUCAUUGCUGACCGCCACAAAUCAAUUAAUCUCAUUAAAUAAUUAAUUUUAAAAUUAAAAAAUAUUAGCUCCCACAUCUCCCUAUAAAAGGACCCUCAAAGCAUGGUUAUUCCCAGCACACAACAAAGCAAACCGCUCACCCAUUACACCCAACCCAACUUUAAUUCAUUUUUAUUAAACCAAAAAUAAUAACAAAAAAGAAAAACAAAUAUGGCUUUGAAGGAAAGGGUCGGAGUGAAGAAAGCUAAUAACAACAAAUCGAUUGUCGAUGCCGGCAAAGAGAUGCAUUACCGUGGGGUAAGGAAGAGGCCAUGGGGACGUUACGCAGCUGAAAUCAGAGACCCGACUAAGAAGAGCCGGGUCUGGCUCGGAACCUUUGACACCGCCGAGGAAGCCGCAAAAGCCUACGAUUCCGCCGCCAGGGAGUUCCGCGGCGCCAAGGCUAAGACCAACUUUCCUAUUCCUUCCUCCCCAUCCGCCGAUCGCAGCCCUAGCCAGAGCAGCACCGUUGAGUCUUCCGGCAACGACUGCGCCGACCGUGAUUCCACGCGCCGCCUUAGCGGUGGCGCUGUGUUCCCGUUUCUCCAGCAGGAGCAAGUGGUGGCGCCGUCUGCUCCUCCGCCCCACCAUGUCGUGGCGGCGUAUAGGGGUGUGCCGAGUGUAGGGUUUGUUCCCACGCGCCCCGUGUUGUUCUUCGACGCGCUCAGUAGGGGAGAGUUUGUGACCCCAGUCUACCCAGUUCGUUUCGACCCGGGUACUGUAGAGUUCGGGUCUGGAGGUGGGGCCCAGGUUCAAAGCGAGUCGGAUUCGUCGUCCGUGGUCGAAGGGCAACCAAGGAAAGUUCUCGAUCUCGAUCUUAACCUUGCUCCACCUGGGGAAGCAUAUUAAAAAAAAAGAGAGAAAAUCUAACAAUUUUUGUAAUAACUAAUAGCCACCAAAGUUUUUUUUUCCUCUUUGUUGGGGUGAAAUCUCGUUUUAACUUUAGUUUUGUAAAUUCUGUUCCUUUCGAGAAUUUAAAGAGAGAAGUUAGCUAAGAAAGAGUGAUGAAGUUUUAAUGGCUUCCAUCAUAGAUGUAAAUUUGGUUCAGUUUUCUUAUCUUUCCCUUUUUAUUUUGAUAAUGAAGAAAUUCAGUUUAUUUCUA